AUGUCAAUGGUUGGAAAAGAUCAAUUAUACCAUUCCCGCGUACGAAUCGGUGGCGGUCGUUUCUCAAAUAUCUACCGCUGCGUCGGGCCAUCUGACGCUAUUUGUGCCCUCAAGAUUGUCGACACCGACGAUUACAACGUCCCGCCACAUUCUAUCACCGUGGAGCUAUCUAUUCUCAAGUACUUGAAAUCGGUCCUCAAUCAUUGUGACCAUGCCAGUAAUAAUAAUAAUAAUAAUAAUGUCGCGUUGUUGAUAGACGAAUAUAAAAAAUACGACGACCAGAUCCUCGUGCUUCCUUACUACCAAUUCACAUUGUUGGAUUAUGUCCGCAAAAACUCUCGGAUGAGAACCAAUUUCACCGCAUUGUUAUCAACGGAUAAUCAGGAAGCGCCAUUGGACCCCAUUGAUGAAUAUUUCUACACCGAUGAUGAUUAUGGUCAAGCUUCUGCUGUCGCCCCACGGUACCAGAGAAUCAAUAAACUUGAUAUCCGCAAGGCAAUGAAUAUCAUCAAACAAAUCCUCCAAGGGUUAAACUUCAUUCAUGACAAUGGGAUUAUCCAUAGAGAUAUUAAACCAGAAAAUAUUUUAAUCUCCGUUGAUGAUGAUGAUGAGGAUGAGGUGCAGGUGGCAAUUACGGAUUUUGGGAUUUCGUAUAUGGAUAAGCAUCAAAUAAAGCGCCAGGAAUCGUUGGUGGAACUUUGCAAAGAGUUGGAUUUCACUAGAUCGGCCGAACCUGAUGCGGGUCAUAAAUUCACCCAAAUCAGUUCUGGAGUAUUCAAGCCCCCUGAAGUGGUGUUGGGAAUCACCGACUAUGGGACAGAAUUGGAUAUUUGGUCUCUUGGAAUCAUUGUUAGUCAAUUGUUAAGUAAGGAUUGUUUACCGGUGUUGAACAAAUCGGGGAAUUUCAGUGACAUUGCUUUAUUGCAAUCGAUUUUCCAAACGUUUGGAACUCCUGACGAACAUUGCUGGCCUAGGGUGCAAGAGAUUGAUAUCUUUAGGAAUUUUAAUUUCACAAAAUAUGAAAAGAAAGAAAUUGACGAAGUACUACCAAAAUUACAAGGUGAAGAGGGGUUUUCGUGGUUUGAGAAGGUAUUCAAUCAGAUGAUGGAGUAUGAUGCCAAUAAGCGAAUCACUGCUGAGAAGGCGUUGGAGGAAUUUACAAGGUCUGGAUUUUGA